ACGAGAUAACCCUUCGUAAUUUUCUAUCCAGUACCUAUGUUGCAUUUCGGUAGUUCAGUCGUGUGGAUAAGAAAGUGUAGUUAGUCGGUCUUUAUAGCUUCAUAAACACAGUCCGCGACGAUGCCGGAGGUCCGUAUUGCCGAGGUGCGAAGGUUCAUGGUGGACUGCCUGGUGGCAGCAGGGGCGCCGGAGCACGCGGCCGGAGCUCAUGCUGAUCUGCUGCUGCACGCUGACGUCACAGGGCAUUUCAGCCAUGGACUUAAUAGGUUAGAGUUCUACAUCCGUGACAUAAAGUCAGGGGCGACGGACGCCACCGCGACGCCUGUGAUCCUCAAAGAGGCAGCAGCUACAGCCUGGGUGGACGGCCGGGACGCGCUGGGCGCUACGGUCGCCAACUUCUGCAUGGACCUGGCGAUACGGAAGGCGAGACACGCUGGCGUCGGAUGGGUGACUGCUAAACGGUGCUGUCACUUCGGUAUGGCGGGCUACUGGGCGCUGAAGGCAGAGCGAGAGGGCCUCAUAGGUCUGGCCUUCACCAACUCCUCACCCAUCAUGGUGCCCACACGGUCCAGAGAACGAGCUCUGGGCACUAACCCCAUCGGCAUGGCGGCGCCGGCGGCACCCGGAGACUCCCUUGUGGUAGACAUGGCCACCACGGCCGUCGCCAUGGGCAAGAUUGAGGUGCAGAUACACAAGGGCGAAGAUAUUCCAGAAGGCUGGGCGCUCGGGCCCGACGGAAAAGUGACUACUGAUGCUCAAGUGGCGUUUGAUACUGGCUGCCUUCUCCCGCUGGGGGGAAGUGAGCAGACCUGUGGGUACAAGGGCUAUGGACUGUCAGCUAUGGUGGAAGUGUUCACCACUGCACUCUCAGGUGCAAAGCCGACUCACGAGGGUCGCUCGUGGGACCUGGCGGACAAGGCGGCUCCAGCGGACCUGGGCCAGUGCUUCGUGGCCAUCGACCCUGGCCUCUACGCUCCGGGCUGUGCUCAGAGAGUGGCCGCCUGCCUGGCGCACUGGAGGGGGCUGCAGCCUGUGGACCCAGCAUUGCCUGUGCUGGUACCAGGCGACAAGGAGCGCAUGAGCGCGGAGGAGACUCGACGGAGAGGCACCGUCUCGUACGCGCAGGCGCAAGUUGACAAAUGCAACCGCGUGGCCGAGUCGCUAGGAGUUCCAUGCUUACACGUGGAAUCAUAAAAUGAAUAGAAGAGAUAUCUACCUAUCUAUUCAUAAUAAAAAAUCAUGGACUUGAAGCCAGCUACCUCUAAUACCUAACCUGCCACCCUUCAGAUAGUGGGAGGUCGAAGGAACUUUAAUUUAUUAAGUAUGUUUGCUAGACAAGACUUUCCUAGGUGGCCUACCAUAAGUGUUGCAUUAUGUAUUGUAGUGAAGGUAUUUAAGGGAGAAUUAAAAAAUAAGUAAGGUAUUUAAGUCAU